UGAAUGGCUUUAUAUAAAAGUGAUACAAUAGUCGGUAGCUCCCGGCGCUGGCAAUUGUUAUCGUCGCCGAAAACAUUUAUGCUGUCACUGGGCUUAGUAGGCAUAUUACAGGGUGCAUCUUACUGGUAUGUGGCCGCCUCCCUUUCCACACUAGAGCGUCGGUAUGCCUUCGACAGUUUCUACUCUGGGCUUAUACUUAUAGCCGACAAUAUAACCGAGUUUUUGUGUCAACCGAUAUUCGGUUAUUUGGCACACCGUAUACACCGGCCUCGUAUGAUUGGUUACUGUCAAGUGAUCACAGCCGUGGGUCUGUUUUUGGCUGCCGUUCCCUUUUUCGUUUACGGUCCGGGUUAUCAUAUGUUGGGAACAACAGCAAACAAUAUUGAUUCUACCAGUACUAGCAAUAAUAGUACAGAAUUUUGCGAUGCCAAUAGAGAUUUAGACAAUCUGUGUUGUAAGGACAGGGAGGUUCACACGGCAUUGGUAUCAGUGCUAUGCAUUUGGUUUGCAACGUUUUUGAAUGGUAUCGGUUCCGCCUCCUAUUACUCGUUAGGUAUACCAUUUGUGGACGACUCGGUCAAGAAAAAGAAUUCACCCCUUUAUAUGAGUCUGACCGCAUGCCUACGUCUAUUGGGUCCAACACUGGGUUAUAUUAUUUCGUCAAUAUUUUUGCGAUUUUAUGAAAACCCAUUUUAUGAUCCCGGUAUUGAGCUUAACGAUCCCCGUUGGGUGGGCGCCUGGUGGCUUGGUUUCAUUAUGUUAGGCGUAUUUAUACUAAUAGGUUGUAUACCUAUGUUUUUGUUUCCCGAUAAACUGGUAUCGAGUAGUAAAUCCAAAGAAGCUACCGGUGCUGUAUCACGAAAGCAAACUAAACAAAACUCUAAUAGUCAGCAUGUUCCCGAUAUUAAAACUCGUUUACGACGAUUGUUGACAAACCCGAUAUAUAUGUGUGUUGUCAUCAGUACAUUCCUCCGUUUGUUUGGUGUUGUGGGUUAUAUGGCUUUUAAGCCCAAGUAUCUGGAGUCUCAGUACCACAAAUCGGCAUCUGCUGCUAAUCUGAUAACAGGUAUUGUUGGUAUUGUGCCGUCAGCUACAGGCAUACUAAUAGGCGGUGCUUUCAUCACAUAUUUUAUGCCCAGUCCUCUUGUUUUGACAUCGUUUACCACACUUGUCGAGUUGUUUGGCACAAUGGGCUUUAUUGGUGCACUAUUUUUAGGUUGUCCCAGUGCUCAAUUUUCUAACCUACCAAAUAGCAAUUUGAAUAUAUGUAACUCCAACUGUACCUGUUCCCAACACAUGUUCCAACCGAUAUGUGGUUCCGAUAAUAUAACCAAUUAUUUUUCACCAUGUUACGCUGGAUGUCCACCAAAUUCAUUGGUUAACUCAAUCAAUGGUACAAUCAAGCAAUUUAUUGGGUGUGACUGUAUCGAUGGUGUAGCCACCGAUGGCUACUGUGACACUAAUUGUGGAAAUAAUUUUCAAACCUACGUUACACUGUUGGGAUUCGGUAGUUUAGUGGCCACAUUGGCCCGAUCGGGCAAUGUUAUCAUAUCGUUUAGAAUAGUUGAUAAAUUAGAUAAAAGUUUAGCCAUUGGCUUAAGUGGUGCUAUAAUGGGCUUAUUUGCAUUCAUACCGUGUACUAUGGUUUUCGGUGCAGUGACUAACAGUGCGUGUAUGAUAUGGGAAUCAAAGUGCGGACAAACCGGUAAUUGUCUGGUCUAUGAUUCCGACAAAUUUCGGCGCCGUAUUCACGGACUGACACUUGGCCUGUAUUUUGCCGGAUCUGUGUUUGACUUAAUUGUUGUUUUAUUGUCGUCAAGGAUUAAAAAUUUAUACAAUGAUGACACUGAUGAUGAUGACGAUGAUGAUUGA